AUGGGUCUUCGAUCGUCGAGGCAUCUCAGCCAUCUGCAGAAAUUGAACUCCCUUAUAAGUAUGCCAUCUGCUUUGAAUUUUCUUCGACUUCACCCUCAGUGCGCUGUUUUCCACUUCAGAACAUAUUCGCUUGUUCGUUUUGACGGUUCACCGGUCGAACGUGUCGACAAACAUCCUUUUUGCAUGGCUCGUGUUUAUUACAACGAAAAAGAAGAGACUGUCUGGUUUCAGGCAUCUGAUGGAACGCAUCGCUGGCAACAAUCUGCCUCCGAAAUCCGCAUCCUGGUGCCCAAUCUCCGUGCCAGAGCGAAAGAAAUCGAUGUAAUCAUUUGUAGCGAAAGCCUCAAAAUCUCAAGUGUCGCGACUGGAGAAGUAUUUUUGGAAGGAUGCUUGCAGCACCGUAUCAUCGUUGAGGAAUCCGUCUGGGAUCUCGAUGAAGAUGAAGGUGUUCUCACCGUUUAUUUGCAGAAAAUGAAUAUCGAGCUUUUCGCAAAGCCUCACGAACACUCAGAAUCGGAAUGGACCAGUUUAUUCAGGGACAGCUUCAAAAUAAUGUGGGACGAUUGCGCGAAAAAUUAUCAGGACUUGCCUGAACCAGUGAUGAAGCUUCAUCGUAUUAGAGAGGCAAAAGAACAAGAGUGCAGACUUUCAGACAACCGCGAGAGUAAGGAAAGGGAUGCUGCAAGAGAACUCGACGACCUGCGUAGGCGAACUCGAAUGGCCAGGUUAGGUGCUCUACGUGGAUUCUCUGUUUGUGAUGGCAUGUAG